AUGUCUGUUCUCGUUGACGGGAGCGAGGCUGGGUAUCUCCACAACAGACAUUCCCAUGAAGCAGCCAGUACACUCGAUGAUGAGCCAAUGUCGACAAUUGUCCGCUCAAAGCCUUGUUUCCAUCUAAGCGCCCCGAGCGGAUGGCAGAAUGACCCCUGUGGUCUUGGCUUCGAUCCCUCGACGGGACGAUACCAUAUGUUCUUCCAAUGGAAUCCUUAUGGCAACGACUGGGGUAACAUGUCUUGGGGUCAUGCCACAUCUUCCGACCUAAUCUCAUGGGAAACAUCUUCAACGCCAGCUCUGACGCCCUCGGCGGAAUAUGACCGCUGCGGUGUAUUCACUGGGUGUAUGCGUGCGACUGAUAUCCACGGGAAGCCCGGGUCUCUCACUGUCGCCUAUACAUCAGUAAGACACCUUCCCAUUCAUUACACUCUACCAUACACCGCAGGAUGCGAGUCUCUUAGCCUGGCGACCUCCAAAAAUGGCGGCAAGACAUGGCAACGAGAGGACUGCAACCCGAUUCUACCAGGACCACCUCGCCAUCUGAAGGUAACUGGGUGGAGAGACCCGUACCUUACAAUAUGGAAUAGAGGGAUCGCCUCGCAAAAUCAAGAUUCAACUCUAUACGGAUUCAUCUCGGGCGGCAUUGUCGGUCAGACACCGACUCUCUUUGUCUACUCAGUCAACCCCAAGGACCUUCGGCAAUGGAAAUACACCGGGCUUUUGACCAACUUUGGCCUCAAUUUUCGCCCGGGGCGCUGGUCAGGAGAUUUUGGUGUCAAUUGGGAAGUGACUAAUUUGAUGACCCUGACCAAUGACUCUGGCGAUUCUAGAGACUUCGUCGUGAUGGGGGUCGAAGGAUGUCUUCGGCCAGAAGGCCCCGAUCGCGUAACCGGCGAAGCACGCCAUAAGCGAGACCCUCGAGGUCAACUGUGGAUGUCCGUGAAAACAUCCACCGAACAAAAGAGCGCCGAAAAUAUCCUGACAAAAUAUGCCUUCGCCGGUAUCUUCGACCAUGGAUGUUUAUAUGCCGCCAAUGGCUUCUGGGAUCCUCAAACCUCUCAGCGUAUUGUAUAUGGUUGGGUCACCGAGGAAGACCUAUCCGAUGGCGCUCGUCAUCGUCAGGGAUGGAGUGGUAUGAUUUCAUUGCCGAGGGUAGUCAAUUUGAUGACCUUGCGACAUGUGAAGAAGGCGCGUCGCUCGCUAUUGGAAUCCAUCACUUGCAUCGAAUCAACCUCUGAUGGAAAUCAUUUUACUAUUCACACUUUGGGCAUCGCUCCAGAUUCACGACUUGCUCGUCUUCGAUAUGGGGCUACAAAGAACACUCUUACACAAUUGACCCUUGCCCCAACCCUCGCCUCGACUUCUACUGCUUGCUUGCCUCUGAUGACAUCUCGCUGGGAACUCGGCAGCGAAGUCUCAGUUAGUUCCUCGUGUGAACGGGUUGGCAUUGAAAUCGCUCAUACUGCCGUGAAACAUUUACCAUUCACCGACCCCCUCCCGAAAACCCUGACAUUAAUCACGGACACGAGUCUGCCCCCCCAUACUUUAUUUACGACCGUGAACGAACAAGGAGAGGAGACUGAAGAGACCUUGAAAGUGCGCGCAUUUUUCGAUAAAAGCGUGCUUGAAGUCUUUGUGAAUGAGAGAACAGUUAUUACGACUCGGAUCUACCACCCUUCAGACCGCUGCUAUAGAAUCCGGUUCUUCGCAGAAUCGGCCCAAGGCGAAGCUGACCGAACGCCAGCCACCCUUUUACAAGCUGAUGUCUGGGAUGGCCUUAACAUCAGUCAAUAUAUGCAAUAG